AUGGCAGACCAGAGGCAACGUUCGCUCUCUACCUCCGGAGAAUCCUUGUACCAUGUGCUGGGGUUGGACAAGAAUGCCACUUCAGAUGACAUCAAAAAAUCAUACAGGAAACUGGCAUUAAAAUACCAUCCUGAUAAAAACCCUGAUAAUCCAGAGGCAGCAGAAAAAUUUAAAGAGAUCAAUAACGCACACGCAAUAUUGACCGAUGCCACAAAGCGAAAUAUUUAUGAUAAGUAUGGUUCUCUGGGUCUGUAUGUAGCAGAGCAGUUUGGUGAAGAGAAUGUGAACACGUACUUCGUGCUGUCCAGCUGGUGGGCAAAG